AAUGGUGCAGGCUGUCUUUAAAAAUUAUUUACGGAAUUCUAAGUUAUUGGUGGUUAUUAACACUGUUCCUUAAAAAGAGUUUACUCUGAUCCGAGAUAUAUUAAGAGUUUGUCAGAAAUUUCUUUACAAUAUGCCACUUGAAGUCGAGCCUGUAUUGAAAUUCACUCGCAUGAGUGAACAUGCGUUCCCGCCAAAAAAAGGAUCCGCCAAAGCUGCUGGUUUUGAUCUAAUGAGCGCAUAUGACUACGUUGUGGCAGCUAGAGGAAAAGAGUUAAUUAAAACAGACUUGCAAAUUGAACUGCCUCCUGGUUGCUAUGGUCGAGUGGCACCAAGGUCUGGCUUAGCGGUGAAAAAUUUCAUAGAUGUUGGUGCUGGUGUAAUAGACGAAGACUACAGAGGCAACGUUGGUGUUGUUCUCUUCAACCAUUCGGACCAAGAGUUUUUAGUGAAGAAAGGUGAUAGAAUUGCACAGCUUAUUUGUGAAAGAAUCUCCUAUCCAGUAUUAAAAGAAGUUACAAAUUUGACUGAUACUCAAAGGGGUGAUGGUGGGUUUGGGUCCACUGGUAAACAAUAAUUCUGUUUUUCUUUCUUAUUCCUCACAGCCAUAUUUGAAUAUUUUUGUUGGAAGUAAGUAGCUUUGAAAUUUGCACUUUUGUAAUCAUAAGUU